CUUUCUCUCUGAGCGGUCGAGUAUAUUCCCCACACUCACACAGACACACACACACACACUCACACCAGUCUCACCCUUAAACCAUCAUUCCCUCACACAUAAUCCUCAAGUCGACAACGAACAUACAUACUCCAUAAUCAAGUCGACAUAAUACGUAAAUAACAAGGAUGUGUACGUAAAGUGAAAAGUGUCCAUGGUGAUAGUGUUAACAUCGGCCGUAUGAGCUCAGCAAGUUAUCGUAUGUUGGAUAUGAUCGAGGAAGGAGCAUCUGGGGGAUAUUAUCAACUGUUUCUGGAGGAAACUCUAGUCAGACGUCAGGAACCAAGGGAUUGUACCUCCAGGGGGCGCUGCUGACGAUCUGAGGAGUCAGCACCUCUAAGAAGACGUGUCAGCAAAUCCUCCUUCAUUGUCUCCUAUCCCUUUAUCUCCCAAUCCUUCCAUCCUCUCCCUAUCCUCCCCCCCCAUCCCUUCAGCAUCCCCCAGAAGUAAACAACUAACACAUCAUGAGGAGGGCAGUAGUCUUCAAGGGCACGUGGCUCCUGCCGGUGUCCCUCCUACGUCUACUCCUCCUGGCGGUCAUCAGAGAGGCGGGACAACACGACUAUGAUGCCUCAGACAGACUCGGAUCCUAUUACGAUUUUAUAGUUGUUGGGGCAGGGACAGCAGGAGCCGCCUUAGCAGCUCGUCUGUCGGAGGUAGACGGGUGGAGGGUCCUUCUACUAGAGGCGGGAGGAAUACCGCCCCUAGAGAGUAAUAUUCCAGCUCUCUACGGGAUACUCUUACAGGGUGACGCUGAUUGGAACUUCAAGACCGUCCGCCAGAAACACGGCCUCAAGGGAUUCACAGAUCAGGCCAUACCAGUAACCCGAGGGAAGAUGGCUGGGGGGAGCUCCUCUAUAAACUUCAUGAUGUACGUGAGAGGAAACAGACGUGACUUCGACAACUGGGCGGCCAUGGGAAACCCCGGGUGGGACUAUGCCUCCGUCCUGCCUUACUUUAAGAAGAGUGAAGACUACAGAGGCACCAGACAUGCUGCUACAGCUGAGUACCACGGGUUCGGGGGCGCCCUUAGUGUGGAGGACAAGGGCUGGUACUCCCCCAUCCUUCAGGGCUUCCUUAAGGCCGGCCAACACCUGGGCUACAGUGUUAUAGAUCCCAAUGGACCUGAGAUGAUAGGGUUCAGUGUGCCGGACAUGACUGUUAAGGAAGGAUGGCGCUGGUCCACUGCCGAGGCCUACCUCAAGCCCUCAGCCCAUAGGUCUAACCUCCACAUCGUCCUCAAUGCCCACGUAACUCAGAUACUGUUUGACCAGCAAAAGCGAGCCUCAGGGGUGCGCUUUGAGCAUCAGGGAAUGGUGAAGAUGGCUCUGGCGAAGAGGGAGGUGGUGGUGUCUGGGGGCGCCAUAUCCUCACCCCAGAUCUUGAUGGUGUCUGGAGUAGGACCAGCCAAACACCUUCACCACCAUGGCAUCAAGGUGGUGGCGGACGUGGCUGGAGUGGGUCAGAACCUACAGGAUCAUGCAUCAAUCUGGGGACUCACCUGGACCACUGCACCUGAUACCUCCAUCAGUUUAUUUACCUUGGCCAGUCCCACAGCCCUCGCCGACUACGUCUUCAGGAGGAAAGGUCCCUUCACGGCGCCCCUCGGUAUAGAAGCCCACGCCUGGAUCGAAGCAGAUGAGGGCGACCCCUAUUGGCCUGAGCUUCAGUUCCUCUUCAUAGCAGGUACCUCAAUGUUCGACCACGGGAUCGCUAUGCCUGACCUGAUGGGCUAUGACAGAGAGUUCUUCUACAAAUACUUCCUGCCGAUACGGAAUCAGGAAGGGUUCAGUAUCGCCCCCAUGCUGACCAGAGCCAGAAGUCGGGGGUCAGUCACACUUAAGUCUAGUGACCCCAAGAGUGACCCUGUGAUUGACCCUAACUAUGUCAGUGACCCCACGGACGUCAAAAACCUGAUCAAAGGUAUCAAGUUCGCCCUGGCAGUUGGCAGUACUCCUGCCAUGCGGGACGAAUAUGGCUCAAAAUUCCACGAUAAGGUGGUGCCGGGGUGUGAGGGACAGGUGGUGGAGAGUGACGCGUACUGGGAGUGUGUAGUUCGCCAUCUGACUGGCACUACCUACCACUUCGUUGGCACUUGUAAGAUGGCACCUCCCUCUGACCCUCUAGGUGUAGUGGACCAUACACUCAAGGUGCGGGGAGUGACGGGGUUGAGGGUAGUGGAUGCCUCUAUCAUGCCCCUCGUCGUCUCGGCCAACACCAAUGCCGCCACCCUCAUGAUAGCUGAGAAGGCCGCCGACCUCAUCAAAGCGGAAUGGGGAGUCAUCUCACGCCGUUACUCGACCCUAUAGUGCCGCCCAUGGGUCCUUCAGUCCUCCUCCUUCAGGUGUUGUAUGACGCUGACGACCACAAGGAAGGAAGAUUGUGAUGCGUCUUCAGGCUGGAGUAGGACCUUAGAGAAGGACAUUUAUCUACAGAGGGUGACGUAUUCCUUAUCCGGAGUUUACAAGUUUGAACAAAUCGCAGGAAGAGUUAGGUAGCUGUUUCUCAGGAGUCCAGGACCAAGUACUUGACUCUCAGGGGAAAAGGGGGAGCUAAAUCUCAGCGUCAUUAAUUAACCUGACUUUAUAAAUCAACUCAUCCACCUGUCUCGUAACUCUAGUUUAGUAAAGUCCCGGAAAACAGUCCUGUCAGUGCCCCCGUCCCAGCCAUGAACCCUGGACUUGUGAAUCUGUGAAUCCGAGAUAUCACACAGUGCGCCCAUGGCUGUGUGAGGUUUCGGAUUCACAGGUUCUUAAGUCCAGGGUUCAUGGAUGGGACGGGGGCACUGACAGGACUGUUUUCCCGUGACUGUACUGUACGAAUGAUGGUCUGAGUAUUCUGUACCUCAAACCUGGUUGGUACACUUCACUCCCUGGGCGAUCUAGGAGCACAUUACCUAGGAGGGAGAGGUACUGUACCAAAAGGCCAAACACCUCACUUCCAAGCUUCAGUAUUAUAUGUGUUUCAAGGGACCAGGUAUAUAAAGGUCACAUCAGGAACAGUGUGUGUGUGUGUGUGUGUGUGUGUGUGAUGACCAUAAACAGUAGUGUAUAAGUUCUCAGUGCCUGUAAAUAAUGUUAAGUUUAUACACUGAACAAGUCAAGAUUAGGAUAGCUCGUCUCCGGACGCUAAAACAUAAAUAGAAAUAAUAAUAACAAAUUAAUAUUGUUAAAACAAAUUGCUUGAACUAAUACUUGAGUGUUUGAGUCGUGUGAUAAGAUGGCUUUAGUUAACAUUAUAUAAAUUAAAGCAUAAGACACAGGUAUGUUUUAAGUACGUCAAGUUAUGUAGUUCCCGCAGUGAUGGUCAGGGGGACGUGAGUCUCUGUUCUUUUAGUGAAAUAAAAAGUAUUUUGGCAA